GAGAGAGAGAGAGAGAGGAGAGAGGAGAGCAGAGCGGGAUGUAGAGAGAUACCAGGAGUGUGAUGGUUUGCACUCCUAUCCAGACAGUUAGAGACGGAGGGAGCGCAACAGAGAGUUGGUGAGAUGAGAGUUCACAAACCCGUCCCUGUGGAGGGUUAAGAAUUAAAGGGAGGAGAAGGACCCCAUCAACACCCUGUCAGGACUAACCUCUUUGGACUUUCUUUUUCCUUUAGUCUGGGACGGUGCGGGAACAGCUAUCAGUUGUGUGACCCCUGCAUGUUCAUCAAUAUUCAAUCUCUUUUUGUGGAUUUGCUGCUCGGGGUGCAGGAGAUCAAGCGGCCGUUUCAAUCGGUCGACCUAGAUUGUUGCAGAGCUGCGAGGAGAGGGGACAGCGUGGUAUGUGGACCGGCUCCGAAGCAUCUGUGUUUACUCUGCAUGGUCACUGUGAGAGAGCGACGUGGAGCUGAAGGACGCAGAGAUGAUUUAUGCAGCUCCUACUACCUGAAGUCAAAUCCCCAAGUACCGGAUCUACUGGUCUACAAGGCGCGCUCUCUUUGUGACAAACUCGCUCCAACUACCUCAUGAGGAUGACUUUCUCCUAAAAUCGCUGCACAAAACCCGACCCAUGGCCAUAUAAAAACUUGUGGUCACAAACGUCUCAGUAAACACACACACACACGCACACAUCCCUCGUGAUUGGACACGCGUGCUCUCCAGUAAUCUGCUCUUCUCCCUGCCGGUGAUUGAGGGAUCAGCAUGUCGAGGGCAAACUGGAGACCUGUGCUCGAUUCCCACGUGAAUAGCAGCGGGAGCCAGGCGUACGGAGGCCGAUGAGGGAGGUGCUGAAUAAAGGUCUGUUCCAUUAGCGCUCCGAGCGGGGGACACUGGGCCUUCGAUGCUGCCCGGACACACCGACUUCUCCUGGACAGAUUCUGGACAAUACUAUGGUUGAUACACCAGGGGAAUUUACAAUGCCGUGGAGUGACAAAUUCUGCCUCGUGGAGCACAAGCUGAUGGAUGUAACAGUUUUUUUCCUUUUGUACAUACAAAUGAGACUGGUAUCUUCUAAUUGAAGACAAAAAGGCAAAGCUUUGGAUUUGUGCAACAUGAGCAGUACGUUCCAGCCCUGUGCAGGGGAGAGAGUGUGUUUUGUUGAUCAGCUGUGUCCCUCCUGCCUGGGAAUACAUUGAGAUUAUAAACAGGAGGUGGCUCCAACAUCUCAUCCCUGUUCCGCUCAUCCAUCACAGUCCCCACCCUCACCAAAGCAAACGGACCUCUGAGAAAAAGUCUGUGGAGGACACUAGCCCGUACUCUCCAAAACCCGAUUGGGUUCAGGCGGCUGAUUUCCUUAGCUUUCUUAUCGUUGAGGGCAGGUAGAAGAGGCUGGCCGCCCAUAGAUAGUCUUUGGCGAGACGGAGAGGCGUUUUUUUGGGGGGGCUGUCAGGCUUCGUGGGCGGGACGAGCAGUGAAAGGAAAGGCCUCGCUGGGGGGCUCUGCUGGAGCGGAAACUCUUUUCCUCGAGCUAUGUUUGGAUGUGAUGCUUGUCUCUGUGGAUGCAACGUGGACUUUAUGGCCUGAUUACACAGCCCUGGUAUUCAGAUAGUGCUGGCGGGAAGGGAUAAUGCAUAUCCUUCCCUGCCCUGAACAAGAAGCCACGAUGAGCAACGUCACGGUCACCGACAACACUGAGCCCAUCAGCCGCACCAUGAGUCCGGCCAGCCCCAGCCCGUAUUCCUACCCUGUUAGCUUCCAGGUCUCCCUGACAGGCUUCCUCAUGCUGGAAAUCCUCCUGGGAAUGAGCUCCAACCUCACUGUGCUUGCCCUUUACUGUAUGAAGUCGAACCUCAUUAGCUCUGUCAGUAACAUCGUCACCAUGAACCUCCAUGUGCUGGAUGUGCUCAUUUGUGUGUGCUGCAUCCCCCUCACCAUUGUGGUGGUGUUGCUCUCCCUGGAGGGAGACACUGCGCUCGUCUGCUGCUUCCACGAGGCCUGCGUCUCCUUCGCCAGCGUCGCCACUGCCGCCAACGUGCUCGCCAUCACCCUCGACCGCUACGACAUCUCCGUCAAACCAGCCAACCGGGUGCUGACCAUGGGCCGCGCCCUGACCCUGCUGUCGGCCAUUUGGGUGCUGUCCUUCGUCAGUUUCCUCGUACCCUUUAUCGAGGUGGGCUUCUUCGCGCAGGGGCAAGCGGACCUGAACCAGACAGUGGUGGAGAACGUGGUCCACACCAACCAGUACUACACGGAGCUCGGCCUCUACUACCACCUGCUCGCUCAGAUUCCCAUUUUCUUCUUAACCGCCGUCGUCAUGCUCAUCACCUACUCCAAGAUCCUGCAGGCGCUCAACAUCCGCAUCGGCACGCGGUUCCACGCCUCCCAGAAGAAGAAGGCCCGCAGGAAAAAAAGCCCGUCCAUGACGGCCAUGACGACGCAGCACGAGGCCACGGAUGCCUCCCAGAGCAGCGGCAGCCGCAACCCCACGCUGGGCAUGCGCACCUCCGUCUCCGUCAUCAUCGCCUUGCGCAGGGCUGUCAAGCGCCACCGCGAGAGGCGGGAGCGCCAAAAGAGGGUUUUCCGAAUGUCCCUGCUGAUUGUGUCCACCUUCAUGCUGUGCUGGACGCCCAUCACGGUGCUGAACACAAUCAUCCUGAGUGUGGGCCCCAGUGACCUGAUGGUCAAGUUGAGACUGGGCUUCCUGGUGAUGGCGUACGGGACCACGAUCUUUCACCCUCUGCUCUAUGCCUUCACCAGGCAGAAGUUCCAGAAAGUCUUGAAAAGCAAGAUGAAGAAGCGAGUGGUGUCGAUCAUUGAGGCAGAUCCUACCCCGAACAAUGCCAUCAUCCACAACUCCUGGAUCGACCCAAAGAGGAAUAAAAAGGUGACAUUUGAGGACAAAGACGCCCAACAGAAAUGUCUGUCUUCUGAGGACGUGGCGUGAAGGAAGGCGUUGUCUUUACGGUACACAGUCAAUAAAAGCAGCUAAAACUGACAUCAGGUCAUGACUAAAAAGGGAAAAUGUUAAUCCAAAGCAGUAAUGUAAAUAGUAUGUGCAAUAGAAUGUACAAAAACAAGAGGUGGAUAAUUUAUUACUAUUUAUUGAGAACAAAAUGUAGGUUUCGUAGAUACAAUAUAUACUGUACUGUAGAUAUUGCAUGGCUUUUUGUAAUGGUAGCAACAUACAGAGCAUUGUGUUCAUACAUAAUACACGUACAGCAUAGGGUAAACAAGGUAUUUAGAUAGAGAGAGAGGAGAACUUAGAAAGUACUAUGUUUAUGUAUAUUCAUAAUAAAUUCUGUGUUCACUCACCAAAACACAGCAAAAAACUUCCUAUUAUCCAAGUUAAGUGUUUGUGUUUCCUGUAACAUCUGUAAGAUUACAACCAUUCAUCACCAUGCCACUGGCUCCAAGGCCAGACCUGCGAUCCCCGGUGACCGCUGACCUCGUUGUACUGUGAGUCCCCGAGAGGGAAGGCAGACAGGUCAUACAUGGGAAGGGGACAGGAAGCGGGAAAAAGUCACGUAUGUUAUGUCGCUGAGGCCCGGAAGGCUCCGGGAGGCACUGUUCACAAUCACUGCGUUUAGAGUUAAAGAAGAACACUUGCAUUCCUCAGACACAACAGAAGAGCGUGGCUCUCAUCACCUCUGACGAAAAACAGAUAUAAUCAAAGCAGAGUCUGUUUUACUUUAACGGCCGCGUCUUUGAGCCAAAUGGAAAAUAUACAGUUGCUUUAUUUUGGUUUGACGAAUUAAGCAUGAAUUCAGAGUGGGAAAGGCACAUAUUGAACACACAAAACAAUGAUAAAUGUUGUUUUAAUCCUGAGUGAAUCCUCAGAGGUUAUGUUUUCAUAAAGAAGUUAUUUAACCAAACUAAAGGGAAAUGUUGAAAAUGGUUGUAUUAUCAAACUGUCUGUUUUUAAUAAAACUAGGCGUAAAACAAUGCUCUCCAAAUAAGCAAAUCCAUCACUGCAAUAAAGAUCUACUGCAAAAAUGUCAAAGCCUUAUAUAAGAAUCUGUUUAGAAUCCACAAUAACAAAUAAUGAAGUUCUUCGUCCCAGCCGUUGUAUGUCGUCCAAUAGUGCGUGUCCUCCUUUGUUUAUCAAGGAGUACAUUAGUGAAACUCUAUUUUCCCAGGUGGCUGCUGCUGGUAAAUAUAUAAUUAUAAUUCCAGCUGAAUUUGUUCUAAAUAGUAGUAAUAAUAUAAUUAUAAUAUAAAAAAAAUAUAUAUAUAAGUAUUUCAGUAGUACUAACAAGAAAGAUGGAUAGAUGCAAAGUUGCAAAACCAUUAGCACAUAAAGCCAUGCUCAACUAGCCUGGCAGCUCACUUCAAUACAAUCCCUGUGAAAUGCAGGGCGGUUCAGUCACAUGCACACGGCACGCCACAGUUUAUCUCAGCAAUGAGCGCGUUAUGCCGUUGCCGUCUCGGUGGACGGUAGAAAAUUGGAGAGCCCUUUAGGUAAUGAGAGCACGCGGCUAUUGGCUACCGGGGCGAUUGCACAACCUUGAUCAGAUGCUUCUCUGGUUGUCUGACCAGCGUGUGGUUUUGUAGCACAACACAGAGGGCUGAUAUGGGAAUAUCGAUGCAGGCAUUGUUUCUUAAUGACCCUGCAGUAAAUAGGCAGUGUGGAUGUCACGGUACCUUCGGGGCAUGUCUGUGAUUGAGAGAGGGAGAGACGGGAUUAGAGCCAGCGACAGAUUAGCCAACAGGGGAGCGAAAAAUGACCUAUGAGAUGAAACACUGAGCCACAGGACACAUUUAACAACCACAUGUAAACAGCGUGAGUCCAACUUUCAGUGGGAAAACAUCAGAGGUGGGCUUUAAAUGUACAACUGUAUGGACUUAUUCCCGUUGCCAACACGACAAUGAUUCACUACCAACAGCUGUGUUCAACUCCUGAAUACAUAAUUUAGCCUUUUGCUCAAAUGUCAGGUACCAAUCCAAACUUAAUCAGUGCUACUGAAAAGAAAAUCAUUCGUAUUGAUUACCUUCUAAAAUGACCCCUCAAAGGCCGAUAGUACUUACACUAUCUAGGUCACAAUUAGUUUUCGAUCCUGGGGUGUCGCCGGCACUGGCUACAGAAGAAAAAAAAAAGAGGCUUUUCCAGCACAACCAACAUGAUCCCCGAUGUUCUGACUUAACUGCCAUGUUGUUAAUUGCGACAUCAUUCACUCUGACCUCCGUUUCCUGUUUCUCGUCCUUUUCUGUUUUCUGAGCUUGGUGUAAUUGCUCUCUGAAGCCGUGCGAGUACUGGAUGGGAGCAGCAAGCUUCAUAUUUACCGUGUUCCUUGAUGUGAGAUGAUAUUUAUGUAACAUUUAGUACAGUGUUGGCUAUUUGCUGUUUUAUUACCACUGUGCGCACCGUCUUUUGUAGAACUGAGUAUUUCCUUGACUCUACUGGGGAGGAUGGCUCAAACCCCUCCCUUUUAAUGUUUUACAUGCCUUCAACGCAGCAGAUCUGUUUUUAGUGGGUUUAAAUUCACAGGCUUGACAGCUGCGCCUUUUUUUUAUUGAUGUCUGUUGCUAUAUUUGUUUGUAUUCCGGCUCCUGCGGAUGGCGUUUCUCAACCUUUGGCCAACCUAUAAAAGGGACCAGCAGGCUCAGUAGUUUCUCCAAAUGGGGAAAAAUCCCUUUGUGAGAGCAACAACCACUCAGAAGCUCCUGCGCCCUGAAUUACACAGAUUCAAUACCAGAGUCGAUGCACUUCUACAUAGAUUCUGACAAAAAUAGCUUAAUUGUGCUUGAAUACCAGAUCUGUACCAAAACAUUUUCUAGGGACUUGGGUUGUAUUGUAAAAUGUUGUUUUGUCCAGUGACUUCGAUCUUGUCUCAAUCUCAUUGUCAUGAUGAAAUUUCAUUUCUUUUGUAAACUGCAUUCAGGAAUUAUUGAUGUUGGCCAUUCAAGGCACAGAAAAUGCAACAGAGACAUACCCCUACUUAUGGAGUCACUAGUUUAUUGAGGAGUUAAAAUGUUGCAAAGCAUAGGUUAGUGAAGUUUGAAAUCAAUCAAUAUGUGAUGUACAUAAACAUGCCCUGUAAAGCAUGUAUUUAAUAACUGAAACAAUUUACA